CUAAUGGUUAACGACCACUCGUUUUUUUAGUUUUGUUUUUUUUUAGUUUUUUUCUUUUCUCCAUAUGGCUUGUGCGACAUUGUCGAUUUUUGCACUCAAGUACCGCUUGUUCUUGAUUCCAGGCACUUCCUAUUAUUUCAUGUACAUAUAUAUUUUAUACGAAAAAUAAACAGAAGAAAGAAUGACACAUUGGUGAAUUUACCGUAUGCAACCGGAAAAUUUUACAUCCUUGUCUCAACUAUAUAAGAAGUCAAAAUAUUUGCUGACAUAAAAUUAAAAGAAAAACUGAUGCUGUGACUAAGGUUGAUACCGGAAAGCAAAUAUCUAUAUUUGCGUUUGAUAAAUGGAAACAUCGCCUGAGUAUCAUUUCAAUUAUAUUCCAGAACAUUUCACUGAACAGCGUUCAACAGUUUGCUUAGCCAAAACAGAAGCGAAGCACUAUGAAUUUCUUCUCAUUAGCUAAGGUGCCGAGAAACAAGUGGAAGGUACGAAUGUUAUUCCAAACAAAACACCAAUCAAAGAAUCCUAGUUUGCAGUCGAAAUUAAAUUUGGAAAAUUAUUCUGAAUGUGCUCAUCAAUCUUCUCCAUCGAUGAUACGACCACAAAGUGUUACCUCACUGUUUGCAGAACUCAUCAGCAAUGCAAAACUAAGUGAUUUGUCAGAAGUAGUACAAACCAGAAGCAAAAGAAUGCUCUUGGACACUUUGGGUGUUGGUAUUCUUGGCUUCAACAGCGAAACAACAAGAAGUGUGAUGUCGUGGGCUGAAAAUCUUGGAUACUUUGAAGAACACAAAAGAGGCACGCAAAAUACAAAGAACGUGGUGAUAUGGGGUAGUUCUAACAAAAGAGCUCCUAUUGGUCUUGCAACUUACCUCAAUGGAAUCAGCAUCCAUUCAAUGGACUUUGACGACACCUGGCACCCAGCCACUCAUCCAAGUGGUCCGGUUUUACCUGCUGUUUUGUCACUGUCUGAUUAUAUGACUGGUUCUUAUUGCCCGACUUCAGAGGAGCUUUUGGUUGCCUACAAUGUUGGAAUUCAAACGCAAGGUCUUCUUCUUCACAGUUCAGCAAAGUCUAAGAAUAUUCCUGAAAGGUUCCAUCCACCGGCUGUGGUUGGGGUGAUGGGAGCAGCUGCUGCCACAGCACGUUUGCUCCAGCUGGGACCAUUGAAAACUAAACAUGCACUCGCCAUUGCAGCCUCCUUUGCUGGUGCACCAAUGGCAAAUGCUGGCACUCAAUGCAAACCGUUGCAUACAGGAAAAUCAGCUCGUUUUGGUCUGGAAGCUGCCUUAAUGGCAGACCAAGGAAUGGAAGGAAACGAAAACAUUCUUGACUCCGCCUCUGGUUUCAGUGUAUUUUUCGAAGACUAUUCACCGGAUUUGUUGUUAGAAGUGGCUCUAAAUAAUCAACAUUAUAUUCUUCAUAACCAAGAUGCUGCCCUUAAACGGUUCCCUGCUCAUUUGGCAAUGCAUUGGGCUAUCGAUGCUACGAUGGAAGCUCGACAACAAAUGACUGAAGAAUUCAACACGGAAAUUCCAUAUAAUGAAAUAAAAGAGGUCCAAAUUGUAGUGCCUUCAUCGAAAUAUAUCGACAGGCCAUUUCCAAAGUCUCAACACGAAGCAAGACAUUCAUUUCAGUUCAAUGUUGCUUCAAUGUUACUUGACGGAAUCAUGACACCAGAGAGUUUCACCUCAGAAUGCCGAUCCAGGACAAACCUCAACACUCUUCUACAAAAGUGCCAUUUACUCAGGAAGAAAGACAACAUAGCAAACUUUAACAGAAUGUAUGUGGAAGUAAUGGUCACCUUAAAAAAUAACAAAGUUUAUAGGGGCCGUUGCGAUACACCUUAUGGCCAUUGGCGUAAACCUUUGACCGAUAUCGAUGUCAAAUGCAAAUUUCUCAACAACACAAAAUCUUUACCAAAUGGUAUUUCUGAAGCCAUCAUUGAAUCGGUAAUGAGUUUGUCAGGCUCAACCAAGGAACUCUUAACUUUAUUGAAGAACUGAUUUUAUUAAUGAGGCACCACCAAAACUUGAGGAAGAAUCUAUUUAUUUCUUACAUAGAUUUUUAUGUAUUUAGUCUCUUUGACACUAAUCUGAGAUCGAUCCUUGAUUCU